GAAAGCUUCCGCAAGCUGCGCCGCGCCGCGCCGCGUUGGGGCUGACCACUCGCGUUCCGCCUGAGGAGGCGCUGCCGUCGGCCCUGCAGCCGCCGCGGAGCUAAUACUGCUCCGAGCCAGCCGCCGGGAGUGGGGCGGCGGCGCAAACAUGAAUGUUGGAGUUGCCCACAGUGAGGUGAAUCCAAAUACCCGUGUAAUGAACAGCCGGGGUAUGUGGCUGACAUAUGCUUUGGGAGUUGGCUUGCUUCAUAUCGUUUUACUCAGUAUUCCCUUCUUCAGUGUUCCUGUUGCUUGGACCUUAACAAAUGUUAUACAUAAUCUGGGGAUGUAUGUAUUUUUGCAUGCAGUAAAAGGAACACCAUUUGAAACUCCUGACCAGGGUAAAGCGAGGCUCCUAACUCAUUGGGAACAACUGGACUAUGGAGUACAGUUUACAUCUUCACGGAAGUUUUUCACAAUUUCUCCAAUAAUUCUAUAUUUUCUGGCAAGUUUCUAUACGAAGUAUGAUCCAACUCACUUCAUCUUAAACACAGCUUCUCUCCUGAGUGUGCUAAUUCCCAAAAUGCCACAGCUACAUGGUGUUCGGAUCUUUGGAAUUAAUAAGUAUUGAAAUGUGUUUUGAAACAACAAAAAUUUUUACAGCUACUGAGUUUUCUGUAAGGAAGGAAUGGUUACUAAACUGCACUGUUUCUGUGAUAAUGUGAAAUGAGAGGUAGCUACAUUGGAGAGCCAAUUGCUGGUUCUUCAUAUGCUGUUUUGAAGUGCAGAUUCUUACGAGAAGAUGCCUUUGUUUAAUGCAUCUGGUAUCCUUCUGAAGAGAGGCUUUAGAGGCAGGCUGGGCAGGCCCAGCUUAUACGUUAAAUGGCUAUAAAGUAAGGGUGUAGUAGAUAAAUCCAAGGAAAUAAGAGAUUUAUAAGAAACUAAGUCCAGCUUAGCUUAUAAGGAAUGGGCAUUAUGUUAGGAGAAGAAAAUGUUUAAUCAUUCAGUCAUAGUCAGUUUAAGCAAAGUUACAUGAAAACCAGAAUCAUUUCUUUACAAGUUUAUUACAGAUUGUUUUUAUUACCAUGCAUAUUCCUCUUGUGUUACAUAAGAGGAUAUAUGUCCUCUUGUUUUAUACAGACCAAUUCCUACCUUAUGAAUGUACUUUUUUGGUUUUGCAGGCUCAACAUUGUGUUGAUAGAUGAGUUCAUUUUUACAUUAAGUUACUGAGUUCAUGAAGGUCCACCUUCAUGACUGAUUGAUGAUAGAAGAUAGUUAGGCACCUUAGAAGCAGCCUGAGUCGGCCUUCUAAUUUUGGAACAAAGUGGGUUUUGCUGCCUUUCCAGAUAUAAGGCUGCUAAACCAAUUAAGAAAAUAAUUUAUUUCUCGUAAUUAAAGUAUAUGGUAACUUAAAGGUCUGCUUAUUUGGUUGAGCAAUCUAAUUGUUGAAGUCUGCCAUUCUUUAGCGACGGAAAUUUAAAAUGGACAACUACAUAGCCAACAUGUGAUCUGGCAGAAACUGCUUCUUUAGCAAUACUAUCAGAGUAAAUAAUGGAGUCUUUUUUUUAGCAGGUCUGCAGUAAAAGAUAUCAUCUUUUCUUAGUCCUCCUGCUCUGAAUCUCCAUACUUUGCCCAUUAAUAUUUUGCCUGUCAAUACAUGAGUCUUAGUAUAGAUAACUCAGAAUGGUAACUAUUUCCAAAGCAGCAACCAUAUUGAAUCCUUGUGACUUAAGAGAAGCUUUCUAUAGUUGCUGACAUUAAUUGCAAGAAAUAACUAUAACUAUAUUCUAGUUUGAGAAGUAAACAUUUCAAGAAAAGUUCUGAUAUGUGACGAAACUGAAAAACCUAGUAACAUUUGUAAGCAAAAUUGAGUGAAAAGAAUUAUACCAACUUAAAAAUCAAUUUGUUUCAAACUGACUUUUGGGGGUAAUGAUCAUUGUUUUGUAUUUCAAAAGUAUUGAGUUUAGAAAUCAGUUGUAUGAUAAUGCCUUUGUAUGUCUGUCUUUUCUCAUGUAUUUUUAAAUAACCAGUAAUCUAUACUUUAAUAAAUUUUUCUUUGGUGUAAG